AUGAGCAGAUCUAUUGAUGUCAUCACGCAUUUCGGCCCAGAGGCUGAUAAACCAGAAAUAAUUACUGCAUUACAGAACUUAACGAAGGUACACGCAUUGACUGUUGAGGAUUUGUAUAUUAAAUGGGAGCAGUUCUCCAACCAAAAGCGUCAAACGCACACAGACUUAACCUCCAAGAAUCUAGAUGAAUUUAAACAAUUCUUACAAUUACAAAUGGAAAAGCGUGCUACGCAAAUCUCUUCCAAUUCCAAGAUAAACCCCUCAAUCAAGAAACCUCUCAUAAAUAAGAGCUUGAACUCAAGCCCACUGUUUGGUCUUAAUAUUCCUAAGACUCCAACGUUAAAGAAAAGAAGGCUACAUGGACCUUCUUCACUCAGUGACUCUAAGAAACCUUAUACUGCGGGUUCUGAGGUAGAAACAAAUGGUAACGGUGACAGCUCAUUAAAAUUGGAAUUCACACCAGGUGUGCCGGAAGGUAACGAGGAUACGAAGUUUCAACCAUCUGCUAAAAGCCUCAAUGUAAACACCCCCAAUCCAUCAACAUUCCAAACUCCAACAAUAAACACCCCAACCGCGCUGAAACUGAGUACAACUGGUGGUAAAAUUUUGGAUUCCCUUAAUCCUGAAAACAUUGAAAUAUCUCCAGGUAAUUCAAAUGUAGGUUUAGAUUCAACUGAAGAAUUACCUCCUAGUGAAGUUAGAGUCGAACCAUUCUAUGAUGCUAAAAAGUAUAGAUUUAGAACAAUGAGACAAAACUUACAAGAAGCUUCCGACGUUCUCGACGAUCAGAUCGACUCAUUUACCAGAAUUAUUCAGGAUCAUUACAAGUUGUCCCCGAAUGAUUUUGCUGAUCCAACCAUACAAUCUCAGUCUGAGAUUUAUACCGUUGGAAGAAUUGUUCCAGACUCGCCUACCUAUGACAAGUUUUUAAACCCAGAAUCACUUGCCUUAGAAACUUCUAGAAUGGGCGGUGUUGGUAGGAGAGUAAGACUAGACUUAUCCCAGAUCAACGAGCUUUCUUUUUUUUUAGGACAAAUCGUAGCAUUCAAAGGCAAAAAUGCUAACGGAGAUUACUUCACCGUCAAUUCCACCUUAGCGCUACCUUACCCAAAUUCUCCUGUGUCUACGCCAGAAGAACUUCAAGAGUAUCAAGCAAAUUUAGAAGGUUCGUCUCUAAAAGUUAUUGCCACAUGUGGACCAUACUUUGCCGACGAUAGCUUCUCCCUGGAACUAUUGGAGGAUUUCAUUAGUCGUAUCAAUACUGAAGUCAAACCACACGUCUUGAUAUUGUUUGGUCCAUUCAUAGACAUCACUCACCCCCUAAUUGCCAGCGGUAAACUGCCAAAUUUCCCUCAAUUUAAAACGCAACCAAAAACGCUGGAUGAACUGUUUUUAAAGUUAUUCACACCUAUCCUAAAAACGAUAUCACCACACAUUCAAGUCAUACUGAUACCUUCUACAAGAGAUGCUAUCUCAAAUCAUGCUGCGUAUCCACAAGCCUCUUUGAUUAGAAAAGCAUUACAAUUACCUAAAAAAAACUUCAAGUGUGUAACGAAUCCUUCCUCCUUCCAAAUAAAUGAAAUAUAUUUUGGCUGCUCAAAUGUGGAUACUUUCAAAGACUUGAAAGAAGUCAUAAAAGGUGGUACUACUUCAUCGAGAUAUAGACUGGACCGUGUUUCGGAGCAUAUCUUGCAACAGCGCAGAUACUAUCCUAUAUUUCCAGGCAGCAUUCGUACAAGAAUAAAAUCUAACAACAUACAAGUGAAGAAGGAAUCCAACAACGUGAAGGGUAAUGAAGAAAAAGUAUAUGAACAUAUAUCAGGUGCCGACUUGGACGUAGGUUACCUGGGGUUGACCGAAUUCGUUGGCGGGUUCACCCCAGACAUAAUGAUUAUACCAAGUGACCUACAGUACUUUGCAAGAGUGGUUCAAAAUGUGGUUGUGAUAAACCCUGGAAGAUUCAUUAGAGCAACCGGAAAUAGAGGCUCGUAUGCACAAAUCACGGUAACUUGUCCGGAUCUUGAAGAUGGGAAGUUAACACUCGUCGAAGGUGAAGAGCCUGUCUAUCUCCACAAUGUAUGGAAGCGUGCUAGAGUUGACUUAAUUACUAGUUGA